CUUUGAGAAAAGCAGCUUCAAGUGUCUGCAGCGUGGAGAGGAACUGCGCCGAACCACAAGGGUUAUUCUGCCAAAGACGACCGUGCGCAGCUCGGCCCGUCCCGUCGCCAUGGUCUGAUCCGGUCUGCAGCCUCCGAGAUGCUCCGAUCCUUCCGCCUCUGCUCAGUAACACCGGCCCGGGGACACCGCGAUGCUUUUUCGACGGAGAGCCAGGAUGUUACGGUGGCUGAUGUGUGGUCGCUUGGGCCCCCUGUGGAUGUGGAAAGCACUGCUGCUGUUCGUGGCUAUUGCUUUUGCCAGCCAGCUGCUGGGAGUCAUCUUCAACAAAAGUGUUCAGCUGCCUGCUCGAUCCGUCUUCUCCUCCCCUGACGCCCAGGGGCCAUCGCUGGGACCCUGUCAACCGCACACUCGCAUCAUGUUCCUCAAGACUCACAAGACUGCCAGCAGCACCGUCCUCAAUGUGAUGUACCGCUUUGGAGAAGAGCGGAACCUGCGCUUUGCUCUGCCGCUGGGCUACCAGCUGGGCUAUCCGCUUCCUUUCAACGCUCACAGGGUCAAAGGUUACCGAGGGGCCAGAGCCGUAGAGUUCCACAUCAUGGGAAAUCACAUGAGAUUCAACAAGCCUGAGGUGGAAAAGGUGAUGCCUCCUGACACUUUCUACUUCUCCAUCGUAAGGGAUCCGGUAGCUUUGGCUGAGUCCUCUUUUGCGUAUUACAAAGACGUUGCCCCUGCCUUUCGGAAAGCCAAAAGCUUGGGUGAAUUUGCAGAUGACCCUAACAAAUUUUAUGACCCUCGUCUUCGCAACAACCACUAUGCCCACAACUUGCUGUGGUUUGAUUUUGGUAUGGACCACAAUGCCAAUUUCUCCAUAGCUCUAGCUCAACACGGUGUGGACAUGAUUCGUCAGACAUUCAAGCUGAUACUGGUGUCGGAGUAUUUUGACCAGUCCAUGAUCCUGCUGAGGCAUGCACUCUGCUGGCCACUGGAUGCUGUGGUCUCAUUUAGCCUCAAUGCCCGACAGCAGAAGCCAAAAGGCUUUGUGGGAAUUGGUGGGAGCUGGAUGAGCAAAGCAGCAGCAACAGCAGGUGUCAGUAUUACAGGUGGGCACACACAAGGAAAGACGCCCCCCAAUCUGUUGCUCACUGAUCAACAGCGAGUGAAAUUGCAAGAGUGGAAUGCUUUAGAUUGGUACUUGUAUAAAGCUUUCAACCAGACCUUUUGGGAAGAAAUUGACAGGUUUGGACAUGCCCAAAUGGAAGAGGAAGUGGCUCUUCUCAGGAUGCGUCGAGACGAUCUGGCCCGCGUGUGUCUGAAGGAUGGUGGGAAACCUGUGGAGGCUUUCCGGAUUCAAGACAAAACCAUCCGGCCUUUCCAGAGUGGAUUAGUGAAGAUACUUGGAUACGAGCUGCAACAGGGGCUGGACAACAGCACCCGGACAGCCUGUCUGAGGAUGAUUAGACCAGAGAUCCAGUAUAAAGAUCUGCUGGAUGCUAAGCAGUUUCCACGGGGUCAGCCGGUCCAAGGACAGCAGAACUUAGGACUCAUUAUACCAGCCGUUGAGUCUUAUGGGAAAAAAGAUUUGUCCAGGACAGGAGAAAGGCUGGUAAUAAGAGAAGCAGCAGAGGAGGGGGAGAGAGACUGGGAUGGAAGGUGGCUUUUGAAAGGUAAUCGGACCUUAAUACCAGAGACUGGAAAACACAGACUGAGAUAGUCCGUCUUUGACCUCCAAAAUUUUUUUUUUUUCCUCUUACAGCAGGUACAUAAUAAACUGAAAACUGACAUUGUUAUUUACAAAUGAGGAACAGACAGACUUGAAAACAAAAUGGUACUCGACUCAGCUUCCACUUCGACUAUUUUGGAUGAUUUGCUUUUAUGUGUGAUUUUUUUUUUUUUUUUUUUUUUUUUUUUUAAGU